AUGCCCGGUAGAAACAUAGAGGAGGCGCACAUUCCUCUAGGUAAAGCCUCCGAAGUCAUAACCUCACAUCUCACAACCCAUCAUGAACAGCAAUUCGCCCUCGAAAAACGCACCCUUCGCAAGAUCGACUUGCGCCUCCUCCCGCUUAUGUUCAUCACCUACAAUCUCAAUUUUAUGGACAAGACAAUCCUGUCUAGCGCAUCUGUCUUUGGUCUGCGUACAGAUACCCACCUGGUCGGAACACAAUAUGCCUGGCUCGGCUCCGCAUUCUAUUUUGGCUACAUGCUGUGGGCAUAUCCAACGUCCAUGCUGAUCCCACGCGUCCCACUGAGCAAGUAUGUUGGUAUCAACACGCUUUUCUGGGGUGCUGUGGUAGCGCUUAUGGGCGCAUGUAACUCGUUCGCGCCACUAGUAGUUUUGAGAGUGUUCCUUGGUGUCGCCGAAGCAACCAUCAGCCCUGCGUUCCUCUUUGUGACGAGUGCGUGGUACACGCGGUCCGAAGUUCCGACGCGAGUUGGCGUGUGGUUUGCAGGAAACUCGCUGGGCGGGAUUUUUGCGAGUUUUAUUGCCUUUGGACUGGGGCAUGUUGAGAAAGGAAUGGCGAGUUGGCGGUGGCUGUUCGUGGUAUUGGGCAUAGCGACGUUUUUAUGGGGCGUACCGAUGCUAUUAUUCCUGCCAGACUCGAUCGCUUCAGCAAAGUUUUUGACAGCGGAGGAGAAGGAGUGUGCGUUGCAGCGCGUCGAAAAAGAGGGCACGGGUAGCGCUGGCAAGGAAUGGAAAGCGGAGCAAGCAUGGGAGUGCCUGCGAGAUCCAAAGUCGAUGUUCUUCUUCUGUAUAUCGCUACUGACACAGUUGCCGAACGGCGGGACACAGAACUUCCAGAACCUAGUGUUGAAGGGGUUCGGGUUCACGAGUCUGCAGACAACGCUGGUGACGCUUCCAGCGAGUGUGAUUGCGUUCACAACAAUCUUCGUCACCGGACGGCUUGCAGGAAAGUUCGCAAACAUAUCAUUAUACUUGAUCGGAGCAAUUGUCCUUUUUCCGCUCACGGGGUCUGCGAUCAUAUAUUCAGUAACGCCGUCUCGGGGAGUGAAGCUGUUUGGGUACUAUCUCAUGUCAACAGGGCCUGGUGCAUUACCCCUAUCACUGUCAUUGGUCGGGGUCAACUACAAGGGAUCUUCAAAGAAAAUGACCAUGACAGCACUGCUAUUCGUAGCGUAUUGUACUGGUAAUCUAGCCGGUCCUCAAUUUUUCAAGGAGAACGAGGCUCCACACUACCCGACCGCCUUCAGAGGCAUCAUGAUCUGUUAUGCGCUAGUAAUUCUCGUUGCAAUGACUCUGAGAAUGUAUCUUGCCAGGGAGAAUAGGAAGAAAGAUAAAACGGAUGGUGUUACUGGGUCGAACAGCUCACCAGAGCAAACCGUAGAACAUACGAUAGACGACGACGAGCUGACAGAUUGGAAUGCGAGGGGCUUUAGGUACCGUAUGUAG